UUCACCGGGGCAAGAGCCAUUACAGCAAAGAAGAAGAAGAAGCUGAUUGGCCUGAUUUAUUCAUCAUCACGGAAGCACUAUUCAUUUGUUAAUUUCUUAUUUUGUUCCGCUAAAAACAACGUUUGUUCUCGAACAAAACGAGCAAAACAUUUUCAGUCAAGUUUGACUUUCUUCUUGAGAAGAUAUAUAUAAGGUUAUAUACUUUAUUAGUGAUGGAAAGCAGAAAAAGAAAACAAGAACUGAUACGGCGAAGAGUAGAUAGACAUCGUAAAGUUCGCCGCCAAAUUGAUGAUGAAAAAUCUCUUGAUACUGCAGCAUCUAGUUCUUCAUCGCAUUCAUCACACAAAAUGAGCAGACAACGUAAUAAAACACGCCAAAAAACAUUAGAAAAGAAUAAUAAUAAAUUUACAGUAAAUAAAAGAUAUAUACCUCGCAAAAAUAAACUUUUAAAUUCCCCAAAACAACAACAGAUUGCUUCGUCGGAAUGUGAGGAAAUUUUAAAAAAUAAAACGAGCACAUCUGAAGAAACCUGCCAAAAUGACACUAAUCUCUCAACAACACAAAAUAUACUUAGUGAAAAUAAAAAUUCUACAUAUUCUUCAGCUUUAAAUUUAUUUUUAUCAGUGACGACAAAAAUACAUUCACAACUAAACAAGGCUUUGUUACCAAAUCAAUUUGAUGAAGACGAUGUAAAAGAAACAAUAAUAAAGGCUUAUCAAAGCCAAAGUUUACAAUUGACACAAAUACAUAGUAAACUAUUAGAAAUAAAAAAGUUGCUAAAAGACUUGUUAAAAAUAACACAGAGGGAUGAGCAAGCCACAAUGUCAAUUCCACGAAAACAGAAACUGGAAAUUGAACUUAUGAAAAAUAUGAAAGAGUUUGUUAUAAUAGAAGGAAAACUGAAUAAUGAUCGAACCUUUCGCGAAGAGCUGAAGAAUCAAACAACUGUUCAAAUAUAGACGCAAUGAAAGUUGAAAUUUACUAUUUUAAUAGUGCUUACAAUACUGUAAAACAAUUCUGGCAGAUUACGGUGCAACGCAAAAUCUUAAACCAACUCUAGGAUAACAAAGUCGUGCGACAAAAACGUACCGACAAAAAAACUACCAGGUUUGCGUAAAUCAUUUUUCAUACAUUAAAAUAGUUUAGUAUAUGCAUAUAACCAUACACUGUGGUAGUCAUAAUAAACCAAAAAAAUAAAAACUGCAACACACGGCAUGAAUAAAAUUUAGAGUAUGUUUUUUUUUCUAAGUAACAACACAAAUGAUUCUACUAUAAUAAAGCUAAUAAUAAUAACGCUACCAUAAUAAAUUUAAGCAUUAUAUUUCUAAGCGACAGAACAAAAAGCGAAAAAACUGUUCUAUCAUCUAUAUGUAUAUAAUUUCACGCAGAUUUACUUUAAAA